AUGUGGUGCGAAGUAUGUGGAAGCAGUGAGCAUGUGGCCGAACAUUGUGGAGCAAAUCCAGAAUCAAUAAAUUUUGUAGGUAAUGCACCUAAGGGUGUUGGUAACCAAAACUAUGGAAAUACUUACAACCCAAAUUGGAGAAACCAUCCUAACUUCUCAUGGGGUGGAAAUCAACAAAAUCAUCAUUACGGGCCAACUCAAUAUAGACCACAGGGAAGUGGACACCAAUACAAUAAUCCUAGUCAAGGAUAUAAUGCUCAAAGUCAAAUUGAUCAAGCAUUAACAAAAUCGGGAAACAUGAGUGUUGAGGACAUGUUGAAACAAAUCAUGACAGACCAAGCCAAGCUAGCUUUCGAUAUCCGACAAAAUCAACUGGCUACCCAAAAUUUAGAGAAACAGCUUGGGCAAUUAGUAAGUGCACAUAGUUCUCGCCAACAAGGGGGCUUACCAGGUAACACUGACCCCAAUCCCAAACAAGUGAAUGUCGUGACUACUCGCAGUGGUCGCCCACUCACUGAAUUGGCUCCCAAAGCAAAAUUAGCAGAGGAAAAAGGCAAACAGAAAGUCGGGCAAGAAGGUGAACCUAGCGGGUCAAAAGAAAUAGAGGAACCAAAGACAAAACCUCCUCCCCCAUUUCCUCAAAAAUUUAAAAAGAAGAAAGAAGAAGAGUGUUUUGCAAAGUUUAUAGAUUUGUUGAAACAGGUGCAGAUUAAUUUGCCUUUGAUUGAUGUUUUACAGGGAAUCCCAAAGUAUGCUAAAUUCGUCAAGGAUAUCGUGGCCAAUAAAAGCAAGUUGGCUGAAUUUGCAACUAUGGCACUCACUGAAGAGUGUAGUUCAAGAAUCUUGAACAAAAGCAAGCUUCCAGCCAAACUAAAAGAUCCAGGUAGUUUCACAGUGCAGGUAACCAUCGGUAAAUAUAGUAAUGCAAGAGGUCUCUGUGAUCUGGGUGCUAGUAUCAACUUAAUGCCUAGAUCUAUGCUUAAGAAAUUAGGCCUGGGAGAACUUAAAGCAACAACUAUUUUGCUACAGUUGGCUAAUCGUUCUGUAGCUAGACCUGAUGGUAUCAUUGAAGAUGUUUUGGUACAAGUAGGAUCCCUCAUCUUCCCUGUUGAUUUUGUCGUUUUAGAUUUUGAGCCGGACCUCGAUAUUCUUUUUAUCUUAGGACGCCCGUUCUUAGCAACAGGCGGGGCACUAAUUGAUGUGGCUGCAGGUAGAUUGACUAUGAGAGCACAUGAUAAAGUGGAAGUGUUCGAUGUAUAUCAUGCACUGAAAUUGCCUAUAAUUUAUGAGGAACUAUCUGCUGUAACCAUCAUUGACGAGGAAAUAUCAGCUCAAUGUACUACCUCAAAUGACCCAUUGACGAAAGUCGUAAUGGGUCAAGAUAUUGCAAAGGACAUGGAAUCUAAAGAGCUAGCAAGUGUACUCGAUAUGCCAAAUAUUAGCAUGUGGAAGAAGAAUGUAGAACCCUUAAACAGAGAAUUGGGUCCUUCACCCAAGCCUUCUCUCGAGGAAGCCCCUAAAUUGGAGUUAAAAAAACUGCCAGCACAUCUCAGUACUGGAGGUACUAAAGAGGCACAAAAAGGCCAUUGGGUGGCAAAUGGCUGA